CGCCACAGUACGUCGAAAGACGGGUGUAAUUCUACGCGUCGAAGCGCAGCCUCCUAAUGAAUUAGCACAAUAUUUUUCCUCAUCGAACGAUAGAUGAUAAUUCAGGGAAUUAGAGUCUUCUGGCGAGAAGUUGUAGUGAAAUACGGUGCUUCUCUUCGAUUUUUUUUGUUCGAAAGCGAAUUGACAAUGCCCAACUUAAAAUGCCACUUUCUGCUGACCAUUUGCCUCAACAUUCACGCGUGUUGCACGCUAAACGUCCCGUAUUCUCACCCAUUUUCCAUCGAACUUCCGAUGCGAUGCGAAUCGAUUUACGGGGAGCGCUCGAAUGUGCAUUGCUUCGGAAAGAAUUUGAUCGAAAUACCGAAUAAUUUGACGAGGAACAUGACGAAAUUGAGCGUAACCGAUUGCCCCAUUCGCUAUAUCGCCAGGAAUUCAUUAGAUCCUUACAGAGAUGAGCUUAUGGACGUGACGCUUUCGAAUUUACCUUCUCUGCGCGUUAUCGAAGACGGAGCUUUCGCAAAUAUACCGAAUUUAAGAACUUUGUACAUUUCUUAUGCUCCUCAAAUUAUGUUCCUGCCUGGUUUACUUAAAGGGGUAACUUCUAAUUCGUUUUCCAGUUUGAGGAUUGUUUGGACGCAAUUAUUUGAAGUGCCGGAAUUAGAUCAUCUUCCGCAAGAAAGAAUAUUAUUUUUGUUAGAUUUAGAUCACAACAACAUCCAAAAAUUGUCCUCCAAUUCGAUAAAAGUGUCAGCGCAACAAGUCACUAUCAACUUCAAUCCUCUUCAUACUGUAGAAGAAUACGCUUUCAACGGGUCCCAAAUAUCGGAAUUGCAGAUGCAUUCGAAUUUUCGACUGAAAAAUUUACACGAGAAAUCUUUCAGCGGUUUGAACAGUUUGAGGCUGUUGGAUUUAUCACAAACAGCCAUUGAGUCCCUACCAACCGAUGGAUUAAAGGACCUGGAAAUCCUGAAAAUUGAGGAGACCACAUCGAUGAAAACUGUGCCUAGCAUUUACGAUUUGGGGAAUUUGAAGACGGCAAAGUUGACCCAUUCUUUCCACUGCUGCGCUUUCCAGUACCCCGCACAGCACAAUCCAGAAAGACAUGCCCAAUUCGAGGAAAACAUGAAGAAAAUGUGCAUGGACAUCGCCAAAUCCGGAUCCAUCCUGAUUUCCCGCAAAAGGAGAAGCAUAAACCUAUCCCAGCGCGGUUUCAUCGACUCCGCAGAGUAUCUAGACUCUCCGAAUAAAAUCUUCAUGGAUAAAUUGAGUCCCAUACAAGGAGAGAAGGUCGUUAAAGAAGAGGAAUCCAUGUUCGUGGACCUGAAUGAUGAUGUCGAAGAAGACCAAGGGUUCUUCCACUCGGACGUGAAGAAAUUCAACAACAGCCAUUUGAGUACUUACUGCGGUAAAAUCGUCUUUCGCAUUCCCGAAGUGGAAUGUUUCCCGCAAUCGGACGCGCUGAAUCCUUGCGAGGACAUCAUGGGUUUGCCCUGGUUGAGGAUCUCAGUGUGGUGCGUGAUAGUUCUAGCUAUACUGGGAAAUUUAGCUGUUAUAGUAGUGUUCGCGUUCAGUCGAUCGGAAUUCAACGUGUCCAGAUUUCUGAUCUGCAAUUUGGCCUUCGCGGAUUUCUGCAUGGGGCUGUAUCUGCUUUUGAUCGCCUCCAUGGACGUGCACUCGAUGGGGGAGUACUUCAAUUUCGCCUUCAAUUGGCAAUACGGUAUUGGAUGCCAAAUAGCUGGAUUUUUGACUGUAUUCUCCAGCCACUUAUCCAUUUACACUUUGACUAUUAUAACUCUGGAGAGAUGGUUUGCUAUAACUUACGCUAUACAUUUAACGAAGAGGAUCACUUUGAAAUGCGCUAUGUAUAUUCUUCUCGGUGGUUGGAUAUAUUCGCUGUUAAUAGCGAUAUUGCCGGUAUUAGGAAUCAGUAACUACAGCAGCACCAGCAUAUGCCUGCCGAUGGAGACUCAAUCCAUAGUGGACAAAAUCUACCUCUACGCGGUGAUCUUCAUAAACGGAUCAGCGUUCGCCGUCAUCGUGUUCUGCUACAUACAAAUCUACCUGAGCCUGGGGCAGGAGACCAGGCGCGCCUCCACCAAAGGGGAAAUGACCAUAGCCAAGAAGAUGUCCCUGCUGAUCCUGGUGGACUUCGCCACGGUGGCGCCGGUGGCGUUCUUCGGGCUCACCGCGCUGGCCGGUUAUCCGCUGAUAGGCGUCACGAAAUCGAAGAUACUGCUGGUGUUUUUCUACCCGUUGAACGCCUGCGCCAAUCCGUACUUGUACGCUGUGAUGACGGCGCAGUACAGGAACGAUUUCAUGAAGAUCAUGUCGAGGUGCAAGCGGUCGAGGAGCUUGGAUUGCCAUAAGAGAAUCGAUUCGGUUCCUUUGAAUACUCAGUCCACUUCGCUUCCCGCGAACGGGGCGUGCUUGAAGCACCACCAUGUUGGUCGUUAGAAUGGGGAGUUUGGUGUAUUAAUGAGGAAUUCUGGGAGGUGCAGAAUUGGUAUUUUUUUGUAAUUGGCCUUGUUUUAUGGGCAUUCCAGUACGCUCUAAAAUAGUUUUAGUUUCUCUCUAAUAUUCGAGCAAUAGGGUAACCAAUUUAUAAUUUGUACACUGCAUUUUUUUUAUUUGUAAGAUCUACCAUAUUAGCGCUAUUAUUUUAUAAAGUGUUGAGACUGAUUUGUAUUAGAUGUAAUAUACAGGUAAGUGCAAAUUUGUUUGCGAUAUGGUCAAUUUUAUGAGUUGAACAAAGAUAACCGUGGUUAGAGUGAGACACAAUCACACAAUAUCACUUUCUUUUACCUUUAUAUGGGACUAAUAUGAAAGUUAUCCUUGUUGCACCCAUAUUGGAGACAAAUUUGCACUUAUGUGUAUAUUUUUAAUGGAUUUUUAUUUGGAAACCAAACAAAUAAAUACAUAAAAAAGUUUGUUUUUGUAAAAAAACGUGAAUAACAAACGGGAAUUGGAGAUUAAAAUGGGAGAUUAAAAUGAAAUUACCAUUCUGUGGCAAGAUAUUUAUUUCGUAAAAAAUAUGUUCAAUUGUGAAAUGAU